AUGGACGCCAUUCACUGACGGUAUAUGUUGUUGCGCUUAAACACCCAAGAUUUAAAAAUGCAGCUAAAGUUGGUACUGUUCAGCUCCUGUACUGUGAGAACUGCUUCGUGUUGAAUGGUAAUAUGUGUAAAUGUGAAACAACAGCGGCGGAUAUUAACAUGUAACUGUCAAUCACGGCGUUUGGGCCCCGCGAGCUCGUCCUCUGAAGCAGCCCUCCGCGAACGCGUAUUUGGGUGCGUGUGCGCGCGCGUUGUUUGGUUGUGUGUAUGUGAUGGAGAGAUGGAGUUCCUCCAGGUAGUGGCAGGUCUCGCAGCAUCAUGAGUGAGCUGAAGGACUGCCCCCCACUCAAAUACUACGACUUCAAGCCCGUCGAGCACGUCAAGGUGUGCCCCCGCUACACCGCUGUGCUGGGCCGGUCAGAGGACGAUGGGAUCGGCAUCGAGGAGCUGGACACCCUGCAGCUGGAGCUGGAGACGCUCCUGUCCUCAGCCAGCCGCCGCCUCCGCGCUCUGGAGGAGCAGAGACAGAUCCUCACAGACUGGCAGGACAAGAAGGGAGACAAGCGUUUCCUGAAGCUGGGGAAAGACCCUGACCCCGCUGCCACGUCUCGCCAUAAACCAAAGAAACAGAAGUUGGAUGGCAAAGGCAGUCACGGACCAGGUCCUGGUCCCGGCAGACCCAAAUCCAAAAACCUGCAGCCUAAAGUCCAAGAGUAUGAAUUCACAGAUGAUCCACAAGAUAUUCCCCGCACUCCUAAAAACGAUGCUCCCAACAGAUUCUGGGCGUCGGUGGAGCCAUACUGCGCUGAUAUCACAAAUGAAGAGAUACGGUUGAUAGAAGAGCUUCUGAAGCCCCCAGAGGAUGAGGCUGAGUACUUCAAAAUUCCAGCCCUGGGGAAACACUACUCUCAGCGGUGGGCUCAAGAGGAUCUGCUAGAGGAGCAGAGGGAGGGAGCACGCGCCAAUGACAAGAAGAAGAGCCUGAUGGGAGGACCGUUGUCUGAACUGGAUGCUAAAGAUGUGGACUCAAUGCUGAAAAAGUCAGAGUCCCAACAUGAAUCUCCAGAGGACGGCUGUCCCUUCGGUCCUCUCACUCAGCGUCUGCUCCAGGCCCUUGUUGAGGAGAACAUUAUAUCCCCCAUGGAGGAUUCUCCUAUACCAGACAUUUCAGGCAGGGAUGCCAACGAUGGUGCUGGAACGUCUCCUCGAAGCCAAGGGAAAGCUUUUAGUGUUCCUCACACACGUUCGCUGGAGGCGCGGAUCAAAGAGGAGCUGGUCGCCCAGGGGCUGCUGGAUUCUGAGGAGCGACCUGGACCUGGAGGAGACUCGGAGGACGAGGUCCUGGCAGAACUGCAGAAGAGACAAGCAGAGCUCAAAGCCCUAAGUGCUCACAACAGAGCUCGCAAGCAGGAGCUGCUUCGGUUGGCCAAAGAGGAGAUGCGCAAGCAGGAGCUGAGGCAGAGAGUCAGGGUGUCUGACAACGAGGUGAUGGAGGGAUUUCGGCGAAUCAUGGCAGCCAGGCAGAAGAAACGCACUCCAACCAAGAAGGAGAAGGACCAGGCCUGGAAGGCGCUGAAGGAGAGGGAAAGUAUCCUCAAGCUACUGGAUGGAUAGAAGAAGAAGAAGAAGAAGCUUGUGUUUGGUUUUUGUUGGAAGCGUUUUUUCCCGACGCAGAUCAGACAGCUGUAACAUGGUCAGUGAACAUCUGUAUCUACGAUAAUGAAUGAUACAGUUUACUGCAGGUGAACAUGUUUUGAGUAGAAACAUCUGCAGCAGUAUUUUUAUGUCGUGUACAACAGAAAACUAAAAUGAUCAUUAACACUUUGUAAACAACAGACCUUUUUUUCUCCUUUUGUUGAUUUUUUUUUUUCUUUUGUCAGUGAAUUUUUUUAUGUUGCCUUUUAUUUUGUUUACUAUUGUAAUGUUAUAAAAAAUACACAUGAAUAUUUGAAUAAA